UUCAAAUUAACGGUCGUUUUACGUGAUAGUUGGCACCCCGUGUUAUAAGAGGAAAACAAUCACAAUUGCAGUUGUUUGUUCUCGCUGUAAAUAUUAUCUAAUCUAUAUGUUGUUAUAUGUUUCUUUUCAGUAUGGCUGCAAAGAAUAAAAAGUUCAAGAAGUUUAUCGAACUCUCAUUCAACAGUAAGGAGGAGAAGGACAACUUCAACGAGCAAUGGAAUGGCUUCCGCAAAAAGCGUCCAGAUUUGUCUACGAUUGUGCAAGUUAUGUACUAUUUCUUAUCCCUGGCUGUAAAAUGCACAGAUACUGGUAAUGAAGCUGUUCCUGAUGCCAAUUUCCACUACAACAGUUUUGUGAACAUUACCAAGGAACAAAGUAAAUGUGAACGCUUAUUUGUUACGUGUGAGUCGUCCAUCAAUUCGCUCGUUGGUGCCGUGUACAGCCUGGGUCAACGCUGCCAUUUUAGUAGAACUGUCAUCGUUACUAGAUUGGAAGAUUUUGCGAACUUUGUGGCCACAUUCACAAUUUCAAAUGGCAAGCACACAUUUUUAUGGAAGUCAUCGCCUUAUAUCGAAGGUUGGUCAAAAUUUUUCGUGAACGAGAAAAUGGCUUGUGGUUUAGUUUGUAGUGGACUUAUGUAUACUCCAUUCACCAGAUUUUUAAAUGCUACUACAUUAGGAAGCACGAACGAGCGUGUUUAUAAUGAAACAUGCAAUCGAUUAUCUACGAUUAUAUCCAACGAAGCCAAAGCGUCUAAAGAAAGAGCGAUACAAAAUAGUUUAGCAGGCAGUGGGGCGUCUGGGAUAACCAUGGAAACCGAUGCGUGUUUUUCUGCAUUCCGCAAUGCCAAGAGGAGUAUAACAUUUGGCCUUUGCAACGAAACGCAUACUGUAUUGGCAGAUAAGGUGAAAUCAACAAAUCACG